CACGUAAGUUCCGAUUUGAACGUCAAAUAGGUACCAUGUUUUGGAGUUAGAAGAAUAGGUCAACUACGACAGGCCAUCAGCGAUCUGGAAGCUUCAAGGCAGAGAGACAAAAAAGACCUUUCAGACACCUGCUAAGAGUUUACAGACUAUACUGCAUCACAAUGCAGUCAGUUUAAUUUUAGAAUGUCAACGAUUCCUGUAGAGAAAUUCGAAGCCUUUGAGAAUUACAACUUUGACAACGACGAACAGUUUCAAACAGGCCUUAAAUCGUUAGCCUACAACGAGCAAGAGAAUAACGCUGAAUUGCUGCAACGCGCAAAGUUGUUUUACUAUACCAAGUAAGAAUUUCAUAUAUAGUUUCAAGAUAGCUUUGAUAUGCUUGCGAAUUCCUUUCUGACUCUCGAAAGGGGCAAUAUUAAAGAUACAGAGAUUCUUUUGACAUUGAUGAAUAUCUGAGUUGGAGGAAGGCUAAACUUGGUGAAGAGCCAGCAGUAGAAAAUAAGGAGAAAAAGAGUGAAUUGGAAGGUAUUUGAAGAUUCUUAUCCUUAGUAAUUUGAAAUUAAUAACUGAUAAAGGAGCGUUUCCGCUUUACGUUUUUCUUUUGUAGGCGAACCACCCAGAUUUUCAUUUCAAGAGUUGGUGGACAUGAUAGAGAAAGGAAUUGAAAUACCAGGUAAAACCAAAAGUGUACACUUCAAGGGCUUAAUUGAUCUUUGUAUCUAAAAGUGAGCACUUCUAUAUAAUCAGGUAUAAAGCAAAUACCGAAC